AUGAGGAGCAACGUGACCGCCGAGGAGGUGGCCAUGCUGCAGCGGCCGUUCGUGCGCGGUGAGACCGACAUCUUUGCGUACCUGACGGCACUCAUGAAGCAGCGCACACUCAUCUUCGACGGCGGUAUGGGCACGAUGAUCCAGGUGCACAAAUUCACUGAGGAGGAUUUCCGUUCCGAGCGGUUUAAGGACUCGCCAUGCCUCGUCAAGGGCAACAACGACUUGCUGUCCAUCACGCAGCCGCAUAUUAUCAAGGAAAUCCACAAGCAAUACAUGCAGAUCGGCCGGGCGCAGCUCAUUGGCACCAAUACGUUCUCAGGCACCACAAUCGCCCAGGCCGACUACCAAAUGGAACACUUGGUCUAUGAGCUUAACUACGAGUCGGCCAAGCUGGCCAGAGAGGCGGCCGAUGAGGUUACACAGCUGGACCCUCUCCUUCCGCGCUUCGUGGCCGGGUCGAUUGGCCCAACAAACAGAACAUUGUCCAUUUCUCCUAAUGUGGAGGACCCGGGCUUCCGUAACGUGACGUUUGACGAGCUGGUAGAUGCGUACUAUACUCAGGUUGAAGGCCUUGUGGACGGUGGCAGUGACGUGCUUCUGGUUGAGACCAUCUUCGACACCUUGAACGCCAAGGCGGCCGUAUUCGCCAUCAACAAGUACCAGGAAGCCACCGGCCGCAAGCUGCCACUGUUUAUCUCCGGUACAAUUGUAGACAUGAGUGGCCGCACACUGUCUGGCCAAACGACCGAAGCCUUUUACGUCAGUUUGCGCCACUCAAAGCCCUUCUGUAUCGGUUUAAACUGCGCACUGGGCGCCAAUCAGAUGAAGCCGUUCCUUCAGCGUCUGGCCAAUGUGGCCGAGUGCUUUGUGUCGGUCUACGCCAACGCCGGGCUGCCUAACGCUAUGGGCGGAUACGAUGACACUCCGGCCAUGAUGGCCGAGUACUGCGAAGAGUUCUCCAAGGACCGUUUGGUUAAUAUGAUGGGCGGAUGUUGCGGCACAACUCCACAGCACAUUCAGGCCAUCGCAAAGAUGACGACUAAGUACGAUCCACGACCCUUACCGGAGUUGAAAGAGCCGUUCAUGUGGCUUUCAGGUCUUGAGGACAUGGUUGUAACUAAGGAGCGGUUCAGCUUUUUGAACGUCGGCGAACGAUGCAACAUCUCCGGCUCGAUACGCUUCAAACGUCUCAUCAUGAAGAGCGACUACGGAACGGCCAUGGAUGUGGCCCGACAGCAAGUAGAGGAUGGCGCUAUGGUCAUCGAUGUGAACGUAGAUGAUGGUAUGCUCGACGGUGUGGCGGCCAUGGAGAGAUUCCUGAAGAUUGCGGUAACCGAACCCGAUGUGUCCAAGGUUCCGUUCAUGAUUGAUUCGUCCAAGUUCCACAUUGUCGAGGCCGGACUUAAGUGCGUCCAGGGCAAGUGUAUCGUCAACAGUAUCUCGCUCAAGGUCGGCAAGGAGCUUUUCAUGGAGCACGCACGUAUCGUCAAGAACCAUGGAGCCGCAGUGGUGGUCAUGGCCUUCGACGAGGAAGGACAGGCUGCCACAGAAGCCGAGAAGGUGCGCAUUUGCAAGCGCUCGUAUGAUAUCCUUGUGAACGAGGUGGGCUUCCCGCCCGAGGAUAUCAUCUUUGAUCCGAAUAUUCUGACGGUGGCCACGGGUAUGGAGGAGCACAACAACUACGGUGUGGACUUUAUCAACGCGUGUCGAAUCAUCAAGGAGCAGAAUCCGUACUGCGGGGCCGUGGCGGCCGCCGGCAACAAGCAGGAAUGGCGUAGCAAACCGAUCGGUGAGAGACUUACGUAUUCCCUGGUCAAGGGAAUCUCCGAGUUUAUCGACCAGGAUGUCGAGGAAAUGCGUAAGGUUGCUGACAAACCGCUGGAUGUGAUCGAAGGCCCCCUUAUGGAUGGUAUGAACGUUGUGGGCGAGCUCUUUGGAUCAGGCAAGAUGUUCUUGCCGCAAGUGAUCAAGUCCGCUCGCGUGAUGAAGAAAGCUGUGGCCUAUUUGCUUCCGUUCAUGGAGGAGGAGAAAAACAAACGUCGUCUGGCCAACGCGGCUAACGGUAUCGCCAACGAAGAGGAGGACGAAGACUCUCAGUAUGCUGGCAAAGUACUGAUUGCCACGGUGAAGGGAGACGUCCACGAUAUCGGCAAGAACAUUGUGGGUGUGGUGCUCGGCUGCAACAACUACAAGAUCAUCGAUCUGGGCGUCAUGGUCCCGUGUGAGAAUAUCUUGGCGGCGGCUAAAGAGUACAAUGUCGAUGUGAUUGGCUUGUCAGGUCUGAUUACUCCGUCGCUGGAUGAAAUGGUCCACGUGGCUCGUGAGAUGAGCAAGGCUGGUCUGAAUAUUCCUCUUAUUGUUGGAGGCGCCACUACGUCCAAGAUGCACGCGGCCGUCAAGAUCGCCCCGCACUAUUCGACUCCUGAACACCCAGUGAUGCACGUACUGGACGCUUCUCGUAGUGUGGUUGUGGUGGGCAAUUUGCUUCGUCAAGACGAGGAACGCGACGAGUUUGUAGAAGAAGUUAUGGAGGAAUACGAGGAGAUGCAAGAGGACUACUACGCGUCUCUAGAUGACAUCAAACUGGUUGGGUUCCAGGACGCAAAGACCAAGAGCUAUCAGAUCGACUACACAGCUAGCCCCCCUUUCCAGAAGAUUAACCGUGUGGGUCUCCAUGUCAUCGAGGACUUGCCACUGGAAGAGCUGGUGCCUAUUAUCGACUGGAACCCUUUCUUCCAGACGUGGGAGCUGCGUGGCCGAUACCCAAACCGUGGCUACCCGAAGAUCUUCGACGAUGAGGCAGUUGGAGCUGAGGCUCGCAAGGUCUUUGAUGAAGCACAGAAGUUGCUGCAAGAGAUCAUGGACAAGAAGUUGCUUCGUGUUCGUGGUGUCUCUGGGAUUUUCCCUGCGUACCGUGACGGUGACGAUGUGGUCGUGUGCGACCCGAAGAACACGGACCAGGACAUCUCCAAGUUCUGUAUGCUACGUCAACAGGCGGAGAAGGAGACCAGCGACCCGUACAUGUCGUUGGCCGACUUCAUUGCACCCAAGGGCGUGGGCCAGGACUAUAUCGGUGGCUUUGCUGUCGGUGUGUUUGGUGUGGAGGAGAUGGCGGCCAAGUUUGAAGCGGAUCAUGAUGAUUUCAACAAGAUUAUGUCCCAGGCUAUUGGCGAUCGUCUGGCCGAAGCCUUUGCCGAGUAUAUUCAUCGCGAGAUGCGCGUGAAGGACUGGGGAUAUGCGGCCGACGAGGUCUUGGACAAGGAAGAUCUCUUGAAGGUGAAAUACGACGGUAUCCGUCCGGCUCCUGGCUAUCCGUCGCAGCCUGAUCACACGGAGAAGCGUGCGUUGUGGGACCUGCUAAAGGCCGACGAGCUGAUCGAUCUGAACCUCACGGACAGCUACAUGAUGCUGCCUGGAUCGGCCGUCAGCGCGCUGUGCUUUGCACACCCAGACUCGCAGUACUUUGCAGUGGGCAAGAUCGGCAAGGACCAGGUUGUGGAGUAUGCGAAGCGCAAGGGUCAGACACUGGAGGAGACGGAACGCUGGCUGGCGCCGAUCCUCGGCUACGACCGCUCGGCGCGACCGGCCUUGGAGGGCGACACUCAGGGCUAA